CUCUCCCUCCAGAGAGGGAAGAAGCAAUGCGCUCUUUAACCUCACUGUUUCCUCAACAUUCCGUCGUAGCGUCUACGCUGUGCUCUCCAAAAACCGCAGGCAUAAUGUGCUCAGCUUCGUCAUCGUAUUCUGCAACGUCCUCCGCCGUACGAUUGGCGGCGGUCCACCCCGUCCCUAGCCUCACCGCCGACGAGAUAUCCGCGGCGGCAUCCGAGGCCUUCGCAAGGCACUCCGCCGCCGGCUUGAAGCGGUCGGGUAAUGGCGUGGCGAUCGUCUGGUUUAGGAACGAUCUCCGUGUAGUCGACAACGAGGCCCUUCUUAAGGCCUGGGUUGGUUCCAGCGCCCUCCUCCCGGUCUACUUUGUUGAUCCUCGCCAUUUCGGUUCCACUCACCUCUUUGGUUUCCCCAAGACCGGUGCAUUACGAGCAAAGUUUUUGUUAGAAUGCUUGCAUGACCUGAAAAAGAAUUUGAAGGAGAGGGGGCUUGAUUUGUUAGUUAAGCAUGGCAGUCCUGAGGACAUCCUUCCUUCCAUUGCUAAAGCUUUUGGAGCGCAUACAGUUUUUGCUCAUAAGGAAACAUGUAGUGAGGAACUUCAUGUUGAGAAACUUGUUCUGAAAGGUUUGCAGCAAGUGAUAUUACCUCAACAUGAACGAUCUAACCCAAAAACAGUGAAUCCCAGGCUACAGCUAAUUUGGGGAAGUACCAUGUAUCAUAUUGAAGACCUCCCAUUUGACGCAGAAAAUUUACCUGAUGUAUAUACUCAAUUUCGGAAGUCUGUUGAAUCGAAAAGCUCAAUCAGGGAGUGCAACAAGCUGCCAGUUUCCCUCAGUCCACUUCCUAGCAGUAGCUUAGGUGAAGUUGGUGGGUGGGGAAGCGUCCCUUCUCUUGGGGAUCUUGGACUCGCAGAACCAAAGUUGGACAAAGGAAUGCAUUUUAUUGGAGGUGAAAAUGCAGCUUUGGGCAGGGUGUAUGAAUAUUUUUGGAAGAAGGUAUACGUCUUACUGAGCUCACAUUUUUUUAAGAUAAGUAUUUUAUUUACUCUUCAUUAGAGAAUUGACUUGAAAUGUGUUUUUAUGAUUGAGGCGUUGAUUUUGGCAAUGAAUCCCUUAUGAUAUCUUGAUUUUCAAACACAUCAUCAAGUGGCAUAAAGUGUUUGCUUUUAUGAUUAAGAGUUUGAUUAUAAGGGAAGGCCGCUCAUUCCACUUAGCCCAUACAUGUGCAAGGCCCCCGUCUCUUCCUCCCUUGUUCUCGGUUGAACAGACGAACCAUAUUCAGAGAUAGAGCCGAACGACUCUCUCUCCCGCUCCCUCUAGGCUAGGUCAGAAACAUGCAAGUGGAGGGAGAAGACCGAGCUUGGCGACGAACGCCAGCUAGCAAGGAAGUCACGCUGAAGGAGCUCUCCA